AUGGAGCAGAAAAUGCUCCGGAUCCUACAACACUGCAAGAAUAUCCGAGAACUGAAGCAAACCCAUCUUCAGAUUUUCAUACAUGGCCUCCAGCAUAGCGAUUUUAUGCUACCGAAACUGAUCACUGUCUCCUCCGCUUUCAAUUUACUCGAUUAUGCGACUCAUAAAGAGGCAUUGCGUGUAUAUAGUCGAAUGAAGGCGUUGAUGGUUGAGGCCAAUAGUUUUACCUUUACCUUCCUUCUUAAAUGUUUUGAAACCUCACAAGCCUUGGAAGAUGGUAGAGUGAUACAUGGUGAAAUUUUGAAGUUGGGUUUUGGUUCUAGUGUGUUUGUUCAGAAUUCCCUUUUGGGUUUCUAUGCAAACUGCAGUGAGAAUUUAGGUUCUGCUUACCGGGUAUUUGAGGAAAUGCCUGAACGAGAUGUUAUUUCAUGGAAUUCUAUGAUUAGUGCUUAUAUGACUCGUGGGGAGAUACAAUCUGCAAUAGGGUUGUUGGAUAAGAUGCCAGAGCGGAACAUUGUGACGUGGAAUUCUGUUGUUUGUGGGCUGUCUAAGGCUGGGAACAUGGAGUUAGCUCAUUCUGUCUUUGAGCAGAUGCCACUGAGAAAUGAGGUUUCUUGGAAUUCAAUGAUUUCUGGAUAUGUAAGGAUUGGUGAUGUGAGGGCUGCACAGUCUAUUUUUUAUCAGAUGCCUGAGAAAACUGUGGUUUCCUGGACGGCCAUGAUUUCAGGAUAUGCAACAAAUGGAGAUCUUAAAUCUGCAGAAAACAUUUUCAAUCAUAUGCCAGUUAAAAAUGUGGUCUCAUGGAAUGCUAUGAUUUCAGGUUAUGUUCACAACCAUGAGUUUGAUCAAGCUCUGUGUGUAUUUCAUCAUAUGUUAAUCAAUGGUGAGUGCAGGCCUGACCAGACUACUUUGAUCAGUAUACUGUCUGCCUGUGCUCAUUUGGGGUCUCUUGAACAUGGGAAGUGGAUCAAUUCAUAUAUUAAGAAAAACAAGCUUCACUUGUCAAUUCCAUUAGGCAAUGCUUUGAUAGACAUGUUUGCAAAAUGUGGAGAUGUAGAAAAUGCAAAAGAAGUGUUUCAUCAUAUGUCUAAAAGAUGUAUAAUCACAUGGACAACAAUGGUUUCAGGGCUUGCGGUUAAUGGGAAAUGUAGAGAAGCCAUAAAUCUCUUUGAUAAGAUGUGUCUAGAAGGAACAAAACCAGAUGAUGUUAUCUUCAUUGCUGUUCUGUCAGCUUGCACUCAUGGAGGUCUGGUGGAAGAAGGUAAAAGGGUAUUUGAUCAAAUGGUGCAAGAAUUUGGUAUUAAACCCCGAAUUGAGCAUUAUGGUUGCAUGGUUGAUCUUCUUGGUCGAGCAGGGAAGUUAGAAGAAGCAGUCAGAUUCACAGCAAGAAUGCAUUUGAAGCCAAAUGCUGUCAUUUGGGCCACUUUGUUAUUUUGUUGUAAGAUUCAUGGAAAUGGAGAUUUGUUAAAAUCCGUGACUGAGAAAAUUAUGGAUCAGGAGCCUUCAAAUCCCAGCUAUUUAACUUUGGUUUCAAAUUUGAGUGCUUCAUUUGGACGGUGGGAAGAUGUCUUGAGCUUUCGGGUAGCAAUGAGACAGCAAAGAAUGGAAAAAGUACCUGGUUGUAGCUCAAUCCAAGUAGGGAACAGGGUCCAUGAAUUUCUAGCUAAGGAUACACGGCAUGUGCAAAGGAAGGAAAUUUAUAGAGCUUUGUCUCAUUACAAGAAUGCAACAGAGAUGGAAACAACUCCAUUUGGCUUCUUGGCAAAGGAGCUUUUGAGUUUCUGUGUGCAAUUGGGAACAAAUCAGCCAUCCAUUGCUUUUGAGUCUCAAUCCUUGCCUGUCCUUCAACCCUCUCCAAUUUCAGUGUCUGUUAUGGUUCCUCAGUUAUUGUCAAUGUCAAUGAUUUUCUCGUUUCGGAUCAAUGGUGACGAUUUGUCUGACAAGGUGGCAAAAUCUGAUUCUUUCACAUUUCCUUGA